AUGGUAUCAGAGCCUCCGCGUCGGAAUAGCUACGCCGCCGCCGUUUCCGAUGAGUCGGAUCAAGAGAGGCGUGGAGCAACGCCGAUCACUUGCUCACCAGUUCGCUCGUCGUCCACAACUGUUCCGCAGAGGAACCAGACUCCGCAACAGAGAAGUUCCGCCAUGGAAGACUUAGACAAUCCCUUCUUCCUUACUUCAAAUGGAAGUCCGAAUGUUAUCCUUGUCAGUCCGCCACUGCUAGGCAGUGCCAAUUACGCCUCCUGGUGCAUUUCAAUGAGGAUCGCGUUAGAAGUGAAAAAAAAAUGGUGCUUUGUCGACGGUAGUGUCACGGCGCCUGUCAGAGAGCAUUUCCAGUACGCAGCUUGGAGACGCAUCAAUCUUUUGCGGAGGUUCUCGCAGUGUGAUGCUCAGAAGAUUUCAGCGUUACAGAGUGAGAUUUAUGGAUUGAAGCAGGGCAAUCUAUCAAUCAACGAUUACUACACGAAAUGUAGAACAUUAUGGGAAGAGAUGAAUGUUGUAAGGCCUCUCCCUGUCUGUAAAUGUGAACCAAAGUGUUCAUGCAAUUUAGUGGAUGAAAUCAGACGUGAGCGAGACACAGAUCAAGUGAUCCGUUUCUUGCAGGGACUUAACGAUGAUUAUAGUAGCCUGAAGUCGAAUGUGUUGGUUCUCGAUCCGUUGCCUGAAGUUUACAAGGUUUUCGUUAUGGCGGAAAAACUGGAACGACAGAUCACGUUAGCCAAUCUGAACCUAAACAGCUUUGAGAUCAGACAAGCUAAUGCUGUGCAGCAAGGUCUAGGACUUACAGACGAAAUUGUAGCUGCUGUAAACUCCUACACUGGCAGAAGGAAUGGAGGUGCUAAUAAAGGGGCAAAAUGCACGUUCUGCGGAAUGAAUGGACACACCAUAGACAAAUGCUUCAAGAAACACGGUUAUCCACCGGGGUGGAUUCCGGGAUAUAAAUCAAAGGGGAAACAAACUGCAGCUGUGAGCUCCUCUUUCACAGAUAACACCGAGUCUUCAUUGUCUCCUGGAACUACAUCUGACCAGUUGAUGAAGUUGAUAUCCCUCCUUCAAGCACAGAUGGCACCACCUUCAAACACUAAAACUACAGCUGCUGUGUCAUUGAUUCCACAAUUUGACAAAGAUAUGAUGAAUCUGCUCAUGAAGGCAAAUUCAAGGGCCACAGACCACAUAGCUUGUUCUAUUGAUUUCUUUGAUAAUCAUCAUGCAACAUGUGGAGCUGAAGUGAGCUUGCCUACGGGAAAUUCAAUCACAGUAAAAAACAUAGGUGAUAUUGUGUUAAAUAAGCAGAUCAGACUGAAGGAUGAUCUUCACAUCCCAUCCUUCAGAUUCAACUUAAUCUCUGAUGCUCUUGGGACGACAGUUGGUUCGGCUAAGCUAGUGAAUGGUUUGUAUCUGCUGCUAGAUUCACCACAGACUAAGGAUGUAUUUCGAAAUAUCAUGGCAGCACAGUGUAAUAGUGGUGAAAUCUGGCACCAAAGAUUAGGACACUUUCCUAUGAAUAAACUUCAGUUUUUAACUGACAUCAAGGCUUCAAUUACUAAGAAUUUUAUUUGUGAUGCUUGUCACCUUGCCAAACACAAACGAUCACCUUUCCCUCUAAGUGUUACAACUUCGAAAGCAAUUUUUGAUCUAGUGCACGCAGAUGUUUGGGGACCCUUCCCGGUUUGUUCAUUAAAAGGGGAUUCGGAGCGUUAUUUUCUAACUUUGGUUGACGAUUACUCCCGCUUUACUUGGCUACAUUUGAUGAAAAGUAAAAUUGAGGUCAGACAGUUCAUAACAAGGUUUCAUGCUAUGGUUUUCACUCAAUUUGGCACACUGAUUAAAACAUUUCGGACUGAUAAUGGAACAGAGUUCAAUAAUGUUGAGUUCUUUGCAGAAAAGGGGAUUAUCCACCAAAAGUCUUGUGCCUACACACCGCAGCAAAAUGCAGUUGUCGAACGCAAGCAUCAACAUAUACUCAACGUAGCAAGAGCCAUCCGAUUCCAAGCAACCUUACUUCUUGAAUUUUGGGGGCAAUGUGUGAUGCAUGCUGUCUAUAUCAUCAAUAGAUUGCCCUCACAAGUUAUUGAGCUGUCCACUCCUUACUACAGACUAUAUGGCAAAGAUCCAGAUUUGAUGAGCCUUAAAGUUUUUGGAUGUCUGUGCUAUGCUUCCAAUCUGUCACAGUCCAGGCAUAAAAUGGAGCAUCGAGGUAGACGAUGUAUUUUUAUUGGCAUACCUGCUCACACUAAAGGCUAUUUGCUAUAUGAUUUGCAUGAGAAGACUAUUUUUAUAUCAAAAGAUGUGAUUUUUCAUGAGUCAUUCUUCCCGUUCUCUCAGAAAAUCUCUUCGACAAAUGCACCUGAGAUAGAACCAACUGGACCUCCCCUUCCAGUAAUUCCCAUUAACACUCCUAUGUUCUAUGAUCUAUCUCAAGUGCAGGCUCCCAGUGCUAAUUUGUCUCACAAUGCUGGCUCAUCAAACUACAAAUUCUCACCACCUCAAGUGCAGGCUUCCAGUACUGAUCCUCUUCCACAGCAGAACAGUAUUGAUGAAACAAUUGACUCUAAUGAAGCCUCACAUGAAAUAGAGCAGUGUGAUUCUGCCUCACCAGAAGGAAACAACACCACCUUUCCAGUUGAACAACCAAGACGUUCUGAUAAGCAACGACGGAUUCCAAGCAAACUUCAGGAUUACUACUGUGAUGCAGUAAUUCACAGAGGCUAA